UCUUCGAUUUGAAAACAAAGUGAAGACAGAAUGACACUGAAAGGCGGGUUUGUCCUAUUGUUUCUCCUGAUAUUUUCCUCAUUUCGUGACUGUUCCAAUGCGGAGCAUGAUUCUGGUCCUGAUGGCGGAUAUCAAUCUACACCGGGUUUGACUGGAGCCCGAAGAGGUAAUGUUACAGCGGAUAUAACUUCUGAAAGAAAUGAACGAGAUACUCUGCAGUCCAGUUCUGAGGCGGAUUCUCAGCUUUCAUUUCUCGGGUCUCCCGAUAUCGAUUGGAGUGACUAUUCUUCACCCUACUCAUCAAGCGAAGUUCCAAUCUCCUAUACAACUUGGAUGUGUCCUACCGAUUCAGACAAGUGUGUGAACUUCUCUGCAUUCAUACAUGAAUGUGAAAUGAAUUCAACGAUAAUUGAAUCUGCGUACUGCACCUGUGAUUACGACUGCGAAUUUUUCGACGACUGUUGCUAUGGAUACAAAGUGACAAAUAGUACAGCGCAGGAGCCUGAAACGAUGGAUCUUGAUAAGCAAUAUUGGAGUUGCACCGCAUUUUCCAUUGGCGUCGCACACAACUCAUCUUGCAUUUACAACCACUUUGUAGUUAGUCGAUGUCCGCCAGUAUCUGAAACUGACAAUGAGUUGGCACAUAGAUGUGAAAACCCUAUCGCCAAUGAUACUGUCUUCUUUGACCCAAGGAGAGUCUUCUACCGUAACAGGUAUUGCGCUCUUUGUCACGGCGUCAACUCCUCCGAACUCACCCCUUACUUCAUUUUUGUACCAUGCCUGGACAACCUUCCAACUGAGGAUACAUUUUGUGGACAGGAACCGUAUGAAAUCGACGGGAUUUUCGCUCCUCGACCUCGGUCAUGUUUCGAUGAAUCUUCCAUCAUUUCACAAUGUGACUCACAAAUAAACAACCAAAGCUCACAGUCACUUUGUUCAAACGAAGAGGAGCGGAGGGUCUUUAUUAAUGGAAGUAUUUACCGAAACGAAGAUUGCGCGAAGUGCAAUGGGGUGCAACUACCUAACGACACAUUUAAAUGUAUUGAUAGUGUCCCUAUUGUAAAACCUGUUAACGCUUUUAACGCGGGUUACUAUUAUCCUAUAUUGACAUGUCCUGAAGGCAUGAUACCAACUGGAACAGAAUGUGUUCCAGAAGGGAUUUCAUGGCCAGAAUGCGAUAACAGAACCAUCAUUUUUGCUGUUGUAGCCAAAGGUUCUUGGCAGUGUUACGAUGGUUUUUAUGGUUUGGAAGUUAUAAAGUCUUUACCAACACUAGAAACUCCUGUUGUCUCCGACUAUGAUUUCAAUUUUGACAUCGAUGAAUUAAAUUUCACCACCUUCUUAGAAAUCCCUGCAGACUCCUUACCCACAACAUUAAGACAAUUCAAAAGCGAUGUUGAGGAAAGCCUAGAGGAAUUACGGGAAAAGAGUUGCCCUGAUAAAAAAGUUAUCAUCCGAGAAAGAUGCAAUCUUGACUUUGGUCUUAGUAGGUCUACUUCUUUAUUUCAUGUUCAGGAUAAACCCCAGUUAUUUGAACCUAUAGAAUACAAUGGGACUGUCUAUAUCGCGUAUGAUAACACUACUUUCAUAGCACCAGUUUUGUGGGAAAAUGACACCUACCUCACACGUUUCUCAGAUGAAUGGAAUUUUACCAAAGAACUAUCCUUUUCCCUUUACGGACAUGUCGUAGACUUACAAACGUGCCCGUCAAUCAUUGUUGGAGCUUCUCUCAUUACCGAAGACACAAGGGGAAAUGUGACCAUUUUUAUAUACCAAAGCAUUUCAUUCCCUCCGGAUAAGUACACCCGUUUCAAGAAUGGAUCUGUCCGUCUCUGCUGGACUUUGUCCGAUCCUCCAGAACCCGUCAGCUUGUUCAGUUAUUCCAGAGGACAGUAUAUCCUGAACGCCAUCCUUUUUACUCUUUCCAUGACGUGUCUCUUCGCUACGUUGAUCACAUACUGCGUCUUCAAGCCUCUGAGGAAUCUUCAAGGCAUAUCUACAAUGAACUUUGUUUUUGCUCUUUUCGUAGCGCAGGUGAUGCUCCAAUUUGUGUCUUCCUCCGUGAGUUCAAUUCCAACCGCUUGUACGAUAGCAGCUGCUAUAACACAUUACUUUCUGCUUGCCGUCUUCACCUGGACAAAUGUCUUGGCAUGGGAUCUUGUUCGUCACUUUGCAUCUUCAUCCUUUGUACCAAAGAGACAUAAGGAGACAAGACGACUGAUCGUCUACCAUACCAUUGGUUGGUGUCUUCCUCUCAUCAUCAUCGUUCCCUGUCUCAUCGUCCAAAGUCAGAACCCAUCACUCUUUCGCUAUGGCAAGAUCGGAUCAGGUUGCUGGAUCUACCAAGCGAAAGACAUUGUCUUGGCCUUCUUGGUGCCUGUUGCUGUCAGUUUUCUUAUCAAUCUUGUUUUCUUCGUGUUAACGGCAUGGGGUGUUCACAAGAGCAAACGUGAUUCUAGCGUCCUUCAUGAAGGAACGGGAAAGCGACAUAAGGAAAUGUUCACCGAAUUGGCGGUCCACUUUAAGAUAUCCUGUCUGCUUGGUUUUGGAUGGUCCUUUGGUUUCAUCGCUUCAUUUACCAAUUCUGCUUCUGUUUGGACCAUCUUCAUCCUGACCAGCUCUCUUCAAGGGGUAUUCGUUUUCAUCUUCUUCGGCGCUAAUCAACGAGUAAGGGAUCUCUGGCGAAAAAAGGUUUGCGGAUCGGCAGCACAAACAAGAACUUCAACCCUGGCAUUAACAUCUUCUACAAGUGUGGGAUCAAAGACAAAGAGUAAUAUAAAAACUACUUCUUCGUGUUCGACUACCCGUGCAUAGGAAUUCAGCUCUAUUCUUUUUCAUGAACUUGUAAAUAUUAUUGGGCGACUAUUUAGCCUACGCCUGAUGGAUGAAAUGCUUUAGUUUGGGGUCUUAGUCACGUAGUCAUAGAAUAUGACGUAAUUAAUUUAACUCAUUAGUUAUUAGCAGUACUUGAUAUAUGUUGCAUAAAGUUUGUCUGAUAUUUUCUGACAGUUGAAAUGGUUGUUCCAAAAUAUGUCAAGCCCGGGGUUAGCACUUGGGGUUAACGAAACUUUAAUUUGUACACAGUACCAAUAUUCACCGGAUUCGGCAAACUUUCGCAUGCCUCUUCAUGCGGCAUGAGUGUCAUGGUGGCCCGAUUUACUAUCACAAAAUGGCAACAUUGCCUUCACUAAGUUUAAAAGAUAAAUAGAAUGAUCCAUGUGUUUUGAUGAAUGGACGAAAUGGAUUUGUAAUGUAAAAUUUCUUUAAUAAGGUAUUGAGUCACAGAAUGGUGAUAAUUAUCAUAGGCGGCGGAAGUGGGGGGGGGGGAUAGGUCCCCCCA